AUGUAUUUUGUGAAACAAAGAGUUCUAUCUAAUCAAUGUGUAUAUGAAUUUGAAGUAACUUUACGUUCUACGAUCUUUGAAAUAAUAGAUGAACCAAAUCAACGUAAAAAAGUGACAUUACAAUUCGUUUAUCAUUCAUCUAUUUCGUCAAUUGAAACAUAUUUAAUGGCUUUCCAUUUGGAUGUCAUUCAAGCUUGUUUUAAUGGUGAAAAAGUAUUAACUACAUGGGCUGCGAUUUAUGUAUUAAAUACGGACACAUUCCCUUUGUUAUAA